AUGGGCUUGCAGCAGCCUUUGCAGGGCAAAAUCAUCCCCAUCAAGGAGGAUGGAGAUCCAAGCCAGCUGGGUGAUGCGCGCAAGUCCAGCAGAACCAAACCGGAUUCACCGCGUGGAGCCCCCCCAGCUUUACUAGGCAAGCCUCUGAGACCAGAAUCUGAUGAGUUCGAAGGGGAAGCCGAUUCCUUUGGCCUGCCAUACAUCCGCCCUUCGCAGCACACUGAAGCAGGGUCCGUUGCCCGAGGACAGUUUCCAUCUGCAGCGAAGCAGAUCUUGCAUGACCUGCGGCAUGGAGUUCACGACUCCAAGAGACGCGCAAGCGCGCCCGCAAUCCAUUCUCUGGAAUUCAAUAGCCCGGGCCAAGCCCGGAAACGAGCGACAGUUUGUGCGCAUCCUGUAGCAGAGAUAGAGCCAUUCGAGCAUCCCUUCGCGGCAAAUCGCAGGGAAGAGACUCUCAGUCUGGAUCUGUUGGAGGUGAUGGAGGAUCAUCAGAAAGAGCAGAAGGAUGAACCACAGGAGGUUGGCACAGUCGCCACAGGAAGGUCGAAGACCCUGGCAAAGCAAUCCUCCAGAAUUUCAACUGCAACAUCCAGCAUGAGAUGGAGACAGCCAGAAUGUACCUUGAUAAUCGUGGAUUGGGACGACACGAUUUUUCCAACGAGCUGGCUCCAGAAAAAGGGUUGGUUCGCGCAGUGGGUGACAUCUGGAAAGCUGGGAACCUUUAUGGUGCGUGAUGAGCUGGACAUUCCAUCCAACGACUUGGCUUUGAUGGAGGAGCUGGAUACGAUUAUGGAAGCCUUCCUGGAAUCUGCAUGCGAGCUGGGACAAGUGAGUUGUGUAACAUUGGCCCGCAGACCGUGGCAAGAGCGAACCAUGCGAACGUUUCUCCCAAAGCUGUCAACUGCCUGGGACAAGCAUUUUGUCGUCGUGCGAUAUGCCCGCGAGGAGAAGUCAGUCCACGUAGAUGAUUGUGGCUUCACGCCUGUGGACAAGGAAGAUUAUGAGGUAAUCCGACAGGUAACCUAUGCCAAGAAGAAGCAAAAGUCCAUGGAACGGCUGCUGCGAAAGUUCUACAAGAAAGGAAGCUGGAAGAACGUGAUAAGUCUGGGUGAUGGGCCAGCCGAGCGUCAGGCUCUCCAAGAGAUCGGCUUCCGCCAUCUGAACCCUGCAAGUCCAAAGACUGGGCUCCAUAAAUCCUUCAGAACCAAGUCUGUCAAGAUGUUGGAGGAGCCUUGCUGUUCCGAGCUCGUCGCAGAGCUCCAAAUGUUGCAAGCCUGGUUGCCUGCGUUGGCAUCCUUGGAUGAAGACAUUGACAUUGAUCUUGGCGAAGGUGAGGACGCGCUCGUGGACAUGCAUCAGCAAUUGAUGGAGUGUGUGGAGACUUGCUCCAGAUCAAGCAGCCCAGACAGCUCCAAAAGUUGA